AACACUAGGGACGAGGCGUGUAAUGAAGUUUCGUUUCUCACGAACAACCGGUCACUCCACAUUCACUACCAGUCCGAGCAACAUAUUCGUCAUAAAGAUGUGGAUUCUCUUGGCUAUUUGGAUUAUCUAUUUCGUGGAUGGAAAAACUAUUAACGAGUGUCGUUUGGUUCUUCAUGCGGUGACUACAGUAGUGUGUCAGCUGUACCUGGCGCUGUUACCUGUGCGUUAUGCCACUGUACACUUCGCCAACGCUGUGUGGCAUUUUUUAAUCGCAGUUCAUAACACUGAUGAAAAGUGUUGCAUUGGAGAACAUAAUUGCUCAGAGGGUUUUAGGAACAGCGCUAUAUAUUAUUUGGAGGGACUGUGUUUAUGUUGUGAAUCAGUUUUACACCUGUUGGCAGUCGUGUCGACUCUGUGUGUCGGUGUCAGACACUUCCUGCAGGGGGUGCUGUUUCUCAUUUUGUCGACGAUGAGGUGGGCGCAACAGAUGCUGCUGUCCUUUAAAGAAGAUGUGGAUGAAUGGGACAAAGAACAGAAGAGAAAAAGAGAAGCAUCACAGAAACUGAGAGAACAAGUGGAGGAAUACCUGUCAGAGUAUUGUCAGGAGCCGAUCACUUCGCUGAAGCCGCAGAUGAGGAAAAAUCACGCAAAAAAGAAAUGA